UGCUUUUCCAGCUACACUCCUAAUGAAUAGGCCGUUCCGCAUUAACCAUUCAUGGAUUUCAUGCGUGCAUAAAUAAUAGCAUGCGUCCCUCAUAAAAUAAGCGCCAGUGCUGCUCUCAGCGCGCUGUCUCCAAGGACCUCACGCUUUCAUCUUUUCCUAUAAGCUCGAGCCAAAUAGAUGCCUUCUUAAUAAAACACAUACAACUAGCCUAGUUUUUACAAAAAAUCUAUAUCAGCCUAAACAUGGUAUAGCCUAUGGAUACAUUUUCACUUAUAGAAAGACAACGGAUUUGAUCGGCGACCUUUGUCUUAUCUUCCCUAUCCAGCAUUUGCAAAUUCUGCGCCUUGCAGAACGAAUCGUUUUUUUUUUUUUUUGGAUUUGUGCCUGGUCAUGGAGAUACAGGCUGCAUACACCACUGCUUAACUCGACGCAGAUAGGCUACAGACAUUCAAUAUUUUGCAUUGAAACAUUUUAAUUUAGGAUUUUUACUUGAGGUUCAUGUUAAGAAAUAUUCGACGGACUGGUUGUGGCCAGAGAGAUCCAAAAGGAUGGGAUAUGCAAACAAAACCCUGAAAGGAUGCAUGGUCUUUCUUUGGAUUUACACCGUUCUGCUUUUGGCGGAGACCAGAAGAGUGAAGCAACCUAGAUGCCCCGCAUCUUGUACGUGCACCAAAGAUAAUGCAUUGUGUGAAAAUAUAAGAUCGGUACCACACAGCUUCCCACCAGAUGUCGUUUCCUUGUCUUUUGUCAAGUCUGGAUUCACCGAAAUCACUCGGGGAAGCUUUUUACACACGCCAGCUUUACAGCUUCUCUUAUUCACUGCCAACACCUUCGACUCAAUUGAUGAGGACGUGUUUCUCGGUCUACCACAUCUAGAGUACCUGUUUAUUGAAAACAACAAAAUUGCAUCAAUAUCACCACAUGCAUUCCGGGGAUUAAAAGCACUGAUACACCUGAGUUUGGCCUAUAAUAACCUGGAGACUUUACCCAAAGAUGUAUUCAAGGGCAUGGAUGCUUUGGCUAAAGUGGAUCUGAGAGGGAACAACUUGGAAUGUGACUGUAAAAUAAAAUGGCUGGUGGAGUGGAUGCAUAGCACAAAUGCAACGGUUGACCAGAUCUACUGCAGUGGACCCCAAUUGUUCCAAGGGAAACUGAUUAAUGAUCUUGUACCCGGGUCAUUUGAUUGCAUAACAGCAGAAUUUGCCUCGUAUCAGCCCCUAACGUUUGAGUCCAUUUCUGUGGAAUCAUUUACCUUCGGCAUGGAUCAGUUUGUUGUGUUUGCCCAGCCCUUUACUGGAACGUGCAGCUUCCUGGAAUGGGAUCAUGUUGAAAUGGUUUUCAGAACCUAUGACAGCAUUCAAAGUACAUCCACGGUGGUAUGCAAACCCAUGGUGAUUGAUAAUCAGCUGUUCAUCAUUGUAGCCCAGCUCUUUAGUGGCUCUCACAUUUACAAGCGGGAUAUCUCUGCCAACAAAUUCAUCAAAAUCCAGGACAUCGACAUCCUGAAAAUCAGGAAACCUAAUGACAUUGAGACUUUCCUCAUAGACGGUGAGUCCUUUUUUGUGAUCGCAGACAGCUCCAAAGCUGGUUCCACCACAGUGUACAAGUGGAACGGCAAUGGAUUCUACUCUCAUCAGUCGCUCCAUCCCUGGUACCGUGACACGGACGUGGAAUACCUGGAGAUAUCUGGUAAGCCGCAUCUUAUCCUAGCCAGCAGUUCCCAGAGACCAGUCGUCUACCAAUGGAGCAAAAGCCUGAAGCAGUUCGACAGGCGCACAGACAUCCCGGAAAUGGAGGAUGUUUUUUCCGUCAAGCACUUCAAGGUGAAGAAUGAACUGUUCAUCUGCCUAACGCGUUUCAUUGGGGACUCCAAGGUGAUGAGGUGGGAUGGCUCUAUGUUCAAAGAGGUACAGACAAUGCCUUCACGGGGCUCUAUGGUGUUCCAGCCUGUCUCUAUCGGCAACUGGCAGUAUGCCAUCCUCGGCAGCGAUUACUCCCUGACGCAAGUCUAUCAGUGGGACAUGAAGAGGGGCCAAUUUAUUCACUUCCAGGACCUGAAUAUCCAGGCACCAAGGGCAUUCUCUUUGGUGUCCAUUGACAACAGAGAGUUUCUGCUGGCGUCCAGCUUUAAAGGAAAAACUCAGAUAUACGAGCACUUAAUGAUUGACCUGAGUAAUAACUAAAAAUGAACACAAAAGGAUAGUUCACCCAAAUUACAAUGGCACAUUGGUGCCCCUGUGUGAUAUGAAUCCAGGCUUUGGUUAAGGUUCCACAUUUUCCAGAGACCACUGGUAGACUUGGAUGGGACUUGGAUGAGACUUUGCUACAAUUGCUGAAAUGUUGGCAUUUAGAAACGCUAUCAAGGAAAUUAAACCAAAGCAUGGAUUCCUGUCAAACCUUGUCUACAGACUGCUUAUAGAUUAAGGACUCUGUUAAAUUGAAAAUGUUUUAACCGAAUCAAUUAAAACACAGCUUUUUUGGGAAA